AUGUUUUAUUCCUUUUUUUAUAUCCUUUCAUUAGCAACGUUAGCCACAGCAUCUAACAUCGCCGUAUACUGGGGUCAAAAUGCUGGAUCAAACCAACAAUCACUUGGAUCAUACUGUUCUUCUACUUCUGCUGACAUUGUUAUUCUUUCAUUCCUUAAUGGGUUCCCAAAUCUUCUGUUGAAUUUUGCUAACCAAUGUUCAACUUCUUUCAGUAGUGGGCUAUUACAUUGUCCAAAUAUUGGGGCAGAUAUUAAAUCAUGUCAACUGCAAGGCAAAACCGUUUUACUUUCCCUUGGAGGAGCAACUGGGAAUUAUGGGUUCUCAAGUGAUUCUGAUGCUGUUUCUUUUGCUACUGAUUUAUGGAAUAGAUUUGGUGGUGGAACUUCAAACGAAAGACCUUUUGAUGAUGCCAUUGUCGAUGGGUUUGAUUUUGAUAUUGAAAACAAGGAUCAAACUGGGUAUGUUGCUUUAGCUACUAAAUUGAGAGAAUACUUUAGUACUUCCAGUAAGUCAUUCUAUUUAUCUGCAGCUCCCCAAUGUCCAUAUCCUGAUGAGUCGGUUGGAGAUUUGAUGUCACAAGUUGAUUUGGAUUUUGCAUUUAUUCAAUUCUACAACAACUAUUGUUCACUUGAUAAACAAUUCAAUUGGGAUACAUGGUGUCAGUAUGCAAGUGGUAAAAACAUCAAGCUAUACUUGGGUUUGCCUGGUUCUUCAUCAUCUGCUGGUUCAGGUUUUGUUGGCAUUUCAACUGUUCAAAAAGCGUUGGCUAGUAUUAGUGGUGAUUCAUGUUUUGGAGGAAUUUCACUUUGGGACGUUUCUUCAGCCGAGAAUGAUGGAUUCUUGGAUCAAGUGGCUGAAGCAUUAAGUGGCUCAUCAUCUAAUAUUCCAACUACUGAAACUCAACCUACUUCAUCAGUAUAUUAUACAACCAAUGCACCAAACACACCUUCAACUUACUACACAUACAAUUCAGUAGCCUCCCCAACUGAUCAUUCCACAACUACUUCUCAAACUGGUCUAUUUGCCUGGAUAGAUAAUUUGUUUGGUAGUGAUGAUACCUCAGCUUCAGCCGCUACUCAAGUAGUGACACAGUCUAUAGAAACAGAACAACCAACCUCUGCAACUAGUUCAGGUUUUAAUUGGUUUGGUUUGUUUGAUGGAACUACUACCUCAACAACCAUGGCAACUAUAUAUUCUACUGUUCCUGCUGAUCAAACAGUGUAUUUGACACUCACAACAACUGUGUAUCAUCAUGUUACACCUAGUUUAUACCCAAAGAGAGACACGGUUGUUGUCGAAGGCAAAGCUGCAAACUUGAAUGUCCAUUGGUCAGUUUUAUUAGUUAUACCUAUAUUUGUCCUUAUAUGUUCAUAG